AUGACAAAGUCAAAGGCUUCUUCUCCCGGGUCAUCGGCUUCCGCCUCGGCCACCCGCCGACAACACGCAACUUCUGCCACUGCCAGACCCGGAAAGGCGAGGUCCUUGGCUUGCCGACAGUGUCGCGAUCGUAAAAUCCGCUGUGACGGUGCUCGACCUGUCUGCGAUUCGUGUUCACGACGCGGUCUAUGUGCUGAUCAGUGUGUCUACCCUGAGAUUGAGCAUGAAGGCUCCAUCGCUUCGUCGCGGAGCUACAUCCGUGCUCUCCAGAAGCGAGUCCAGGAACUCGAGGAGAAGGAGAAGCAGCUAGAAUUGGUAGUUCACGGCCACAAUGCCUUCGUCGCUACGACGCCUGCUCAAGAAGAAUGGAGAAAACUAUCUACCUCCCCCAGUGUUGUGUCUGAGCGUAUAGCGAGACCUCCAAGACAUGUUGAUCAUGCUCUUCCGCCAAUCCACACUGACUCUGGCUAUUCUCUACCCAGCUUCUCUUCCAGAGCUGGUUCACUACCUGUAGUUCACGAACCAGCCAGCUACUACUCUCGCCCACACCAUCUCAUGGGAGCUAGUCCACCACUGACUGAUGAUCUUGAAGAUGCUGCUCCCGCCAAGCCUUCAUCGUUCGGCUCCUAUUCUUCCAACGUCAAGGCCGCCUUGAUGCUCCAGAAGAUCACCCUUCCACCAGCAGACCUCAUGGACGAGUUAUUAGCAGAGUACUUCAACAUUGACUGGAUCACCAUGCCUGUUAUUCACCGACCAUCGUUCUAUCAACGAUAUCAUCGCCUCAUCGCUGUUGCAAACUCUCGCUACCGCCGUGACAUUCCCCUCGAGGAAGCCACCGAACUCGCAGCCACCUAUUCUCUGCUUUUAGGAAUGCUAGCCAUUGGUCAACUUGCCAAGACAUCGGCCACAGAAUCUGUUGAGUCGCACCUAUCUCACGCCUUCGAAUUUCAUCAGCAAGCCAAGACUCUUCUCCUCGUCGACCUUCUAUCCGUAUCAUCUCUCCCCGUUGUCCAGGCUUUGAUUGUUCAUGCUCGAUUCUUGCGGCGAGCGGGUACGGUCCAGGAGAGUUGGAUGCUGACUGGCAUGGCCCUCAGACUCGCAGAAGGCCUUAUGCUUCAUGUCGAUCUCCCAGGAAAGGCACAGGCUGAACGCGAGGAACGGAGAAGGACAUGGUGUGCUUGUGCUCUACUUGUUAGGAUACAGAAUUUCUCUGGAAGCCAGACAAACCCAUCAUUUGGCACAUUCCCCCAGGAGAUCGACGACGAAUAUCUCGAGGCUUUUCCUCACAACCCCGAUCGAGUUCAACCAUGCGAUACCCCUUCACGACUAUCUUUCUUCUACCAAACUUUGAAACUGUACGACGAUAUUCUUCAGCCUAUCCAAGAUUCUUUCAACCACAAAACAGAUUCUGCUAAAGAAUCGGUCUCUGAUAUUCUAUCCGAGGCAUUGAAGUUGGACUGCGGUUUGGAAGAGUGGCAUGCCGGUAUCCCUGAGCAUCUGCGCGUCAAGUUCCCCUGCACACAACCUGAGGCUAUUUUCCGUCGCCAAGCAACUUUGUUGCGCAUGAGAUAUCUUGAGACCAAGGCUUUGAUCCCCCGAGUAGCAAUUAUGAAGCUUAUCAGCAGCAAUGCAACGCAACCGACUUCGAUAAUGGCAAAAUCAAUGUUCGCAGGGCUAUUUGAGUCAUGCUAUGCUGCAAGCGUGGAGCUGGAAGAUACCAUGGCCCGUGAGAGGAGACUGGUGACUUUUGACGGUCCUCCCGAGAGUCAUUCUGCUAUUGCCCUUAGCAUAAUUGGCAUGACCCUCACCGUCUUGGUCCAGCAUCCUCUCUUUAGAGACAUCAUCACCAACCCCGCCCCUGUAACCGAGGAAGCUACACGAUGCCUCGCGACAGCCAAGCAGUACACAACUGCUACCCACCAGCUCGCCGAGCGAUUUGUUCAUACUCUCGAGUCUGCCUUGCAGCCUCCCUCUCGAUGUGUUUCUCCCCGCGGCGUCUUGGACCCUGCCCUGGACCCUGCCCUGGAACCUAAAACUGUUGGGCCUGUGCUGUCGAACUUGACCGAAGCCCCUGGGGCUGUGGAGAUGGCCUUGCUAGGGGCUUGGUAUAUGAAGAGGCAGGAUCUCGCGUCUUGCGGUAUGCCUGUUACGGAAAUUGUUUCUUUGUGGUGA